UUUAAAUUACAAAUCAAUUAUUUUCUAAAUACUAUAUCAGCGAUGGACGGCAGAGUCAGAGGUCUUGAUAAGAGAGAAUCAAGUCUGUUGUUUAGAGAGAUUGUGCCUCCUCAUGGCUGGUCUGAGGAUCAGAAUAAUCAUUAUUUGAAGAUAACUCUUCCUGGUUUCAAACAACCGGAUGUGAUGCUUCAAAUCGACAAGUAUGGCCAUCUCGUGGUACGUGGGGAGAGACAAUUGAGUGGACACAAGUUUGUUUCCUUUUAUGAAACUUUUAAACUGCCUCAAAAUAUAAAUAUUGAAGAGACCAGUGGAAUAUUUGAAGAUGGUGAAAUUUUUUGCAUCACUCUUCCAAAGCUAUCAGAAUUAGAACAAAGACGAAUGAGACCAGUACGAGAUCAAUACGAGAAACCCUACUCAACCAACAGGGAUAUUGGACAAUCAAUGAGAACACCUGAAUCAAAUGACUCCAAUAUUCGUAAUAACCAGAGCCCGAAAAUACCUGAUGAAUUCAUUGAUCCAGAAGUACAAAAGCCUAUAGAUAGUGAUGCGAAGUCAAAGAUGAAAAUGUGGAGUUUCGUAGGGUUAAUUGUAAUUUUACUUAUUGUUAUUGUUGUUCCCAUAUCAAUAAAGUUACACAAGUGAUGAAGUUAAAGUUCAGCAUAAGAAAAUAAUGAUAAUAAUAUUAAUAAUGUAACAUAUUACAUAU